CUCGGAUUCUCGCGGUGCUUGGCUCCCUGACGCCCUGGUCGUGGUCGCCGCCGCCGCCGCCGCGGGAGUUCGCUCGCUGGGUCCGGGCCUGAGGAGAGGCCGCCGCCCCCUGGGAGCGGAGAUUUGGAGACUAGACCUAAAACCAAGGAGUCCAUUUCAAGUUUGGCAUUUCCCUGAAGAACCAUCCUGGGAAAGAAUCAGACUUCCCUGUGUCUCCAAAUUGGAAGGAAGUUUCAGGUUAUAGAGGCUGCAAAGCAACAAGGAAAAACAUAUUUGGCAAAUAAGUCAGCCAAAGGAAACCUUUUUGAAGAGAAGAAAUAAAGUAGAAUCUUCGGUGUGGGGCCAGUCCUUUGUCUACAACACAGAGUGUCUUUUAGAGACAAUCUCCACAAAUAUGAUACACAAAGAACUCUAGAUUAUUUAGACAGUUAAAAAAAAACCCAAACUACAAUCAAACCAACUCAAAAAUGAUAUUUUCCAAGUAUAACGACUGUGGGAAAUCCUUCAGUUAUAAUUCAGACCUUAUUGACUAUCAUAGUCUAAAUACUGAAAAGAAACCUUUUGAAUGUGGGAAAGCCUUCCAAUGGAGAACUCAGCUUAGUCAACAUCAGAAAAUUCAUACUAAAGAGAAGCAUUAUGAAUGUGAUGAAUGUGGGAAGGCUUUCUACAAGAGGACACAACUUACUCAACAUUGGAGAAUCCACACUGGAGAGAAACCUUAUGAAUGUACUGAGUGUGGGAAGACCUUUCGACAGAGUGCCCAUCUUACUCGCCAUCAGAGAAUUCAUACUGGAGAGAAACCUUAUGAAUGCAGUGAAUGUGGAAGGGCCUUCAAUCACAGCUCAUCCCUUGCUUCCCAUCAGAGAAUUCAUACUGGAGAGAAACCUUAUGAAUGUAGUGAAUGUGGAAGGGCCUUCAACCACAGCGCAUCUCUUGCUGCCCAUCAGAGAAUACAUACUGGAGAGAAACCUUAUGAGUGUAAUGAAUGUGGCAAGGCCUUCCGCCAGAGCACAGAACUUACUCGACAUCAGAAAGUUCAUACAGGAGAGAUCUAUGUGUGUAAUGAAUGUGGAAAGGCUUUCCACCAGAACUCACAGCUUAUAUGCCACCAGAGAAUUCAUACUGGAGAGAAACCUUAUGAGUGUAAUGAAUGUGGGAAGACCUUCAACUAUAACUCAUCCCUUGCUGCCCAUCAGAGAAUUCAUACCGGAGAGAAACCUCAUGCAUGUCGUGAAUGUGGGAAGGCCUUUUGCAAGAGGACACAUCUUAUUCAACAUGAGAGAAUUCAUACCGGAGAGAAACCUUAUGAAUGUCAUGAGUGUGGGAUGUGUUUCCGCCAGAGUGCCCAGCUUAGUCGCCAUCAGAAAAUUCAUACGGGAGAGAAACCUUUUGAAUGUAGUGAAUGUGGGAGGUGCUUCCGCUUGAGUGCUGGUCUAACCAGACAUCAGAGGCUGCAUAAUUGAAAGGAACUUGGAGGGAGCAUUUGCUCCAGAGCAGACACCUUACUCAACACCAGUUCUUAGUGAAGAGAAAAACCUGAUAAAUGGAAUGGGGUUUUUUUCCCCCUUUAAAAAUUAUUGAUACAUCUUCUUUUCACAAUAGAUCUGUCCUGACAAAUACCUAAAUACCCUUCUAACAUACAUUCUCAAAAGGUUUUCACUUGUUAACAAAAGGAGAGAUUUGUGUUUAUAUUUUAUAUAUCAUCUUACUAACACUGACUGCUGUAUUUGACAAAGGUUUUGUUUUCCUCUCAGUGCUAAUUUUAUUUACAUCGUUGAGGUAUUUAUGUCUAUCGGUGCUUUGACUCACUCGGCUUUCCUUACUCUGCCACUCUUCAAGCACAUUUUCCCAAGUUUCUUCCAGUUAAUCUUUGUUAUCACUUGCAGCCCAGUAAUAUUCCUCAGUAUUUUUAUAUUACAGUUUGUUCAGUCAUUCCCCAAGCACUGGGGAUGUAUUUUGUUUCAAACUUUUGUUACCACACAUUAUAUAGUUCAGAACAUGUUUAUUCAUAUUGGUCCUGUCAGUAUCUUCCUUGAGGAUGGUUCCAGUAGUGGCAUCUGGGGUUAAAGAGGUAUCAGCAAUUUAGUAAGUUUUCUUACCGAUUCUUCCUUAUUUGCAGAAGUGGUUGAGUUCAUUGGCAACUCCACGCAACAUGCUUGCCUUGUGACCUCUCCAACAGUAAGUUAGUUGUCCCAUCUUUUCUCACUUGAUACAUGAAAAGCAAUAUUUCAGGUAGUUCUCAUUUCAGUUUGUCUGAUUACAAGGGUCUCUUAAACAUUUUUUUCAAGUACUUGAGCAUUUUUAUUUCUUUUGAAAGUUUUUCUUAUGCUUUGACCACUUGUCCUUUGGGAACAAGUGUUAACUUGUUCCCAACAUAUGGCAGUUCCCUUUUGGUUUUAAUGUUAGACUGCUCUUAGAUAAAUUUAAUGCAAAGACUUUUCAGCUAUGAUCUUUUCUUUUGAGUCUAGCUGCAUUGAUUUUUAUUCGUGCAAAACCUUUUUAGCUUUACAUAAUCCUAAUUGUGUUUUUCCUUUUGUGACCUAUCCUGUGACUGAUAAAUAAUUUCCCUCUUUCCAUAGUUGUGAAAUAAGUAGGCUUCUUCAAUUCUCCUUUAGUCUAGGUGGUAUUGUUUUUUAAUGGUGUGACUUUUCAUAUUUGGGUCAUAUCCACUGGGAAUUCUUUGUGGAAUUUGGCAUAGCAGGCACUUUGUUUUAAAUCAUACUGCUUUCCAUUUUUCCUCAAUAUCUCUUCAUAUGGUUCCUUUCCCAGUAGUUUAUGUACUUUUUAGUUUACCAAAUUCUACUAUAUACAUUUAUUCCUAGGUCUUACUCAUCUAUUCUGUCUCACUGAUCUGCUUUUCUAUAUAUUGUCCAGUACCAGAUUGUUUCAUGAAUUACUGCUUUGAAAUGGACAUAAAUCCUUCAUAUAUUUGCCUCAUAUACUUUGAGAUUUGAUAAUGUCAAUCCUCCUUUAAUCCUAUUGUUUUCAUUUAAAUUCCUUUUCACGAAAUGAUUACAUUUGUAAAAUUUCUCUCUCCACUAUGAACAGACAUUGCUUUUAUAGUUUUCAUAGAGAAGCCUGGAGGCUGGAUAGAAAAAAAUUAGUAACCAAGACAACCAAUAACGUCAGUAAAGUAGCUGGAUACAAAAGAAAUCCAUUGAAUUCAUCAGCUUUUAUGUGUGUUAAUAAAAGUCGGGAGAAGAGAUUGGCAAAGGAAUUCUAUUCAAGAUCAGAUAACUAGGGGUUAAGCUACAAAGACACACACAAGGACUUAUAAAAAAAUAGAAGUACAAGACUUUUUAUCGGAAUAAAAGAGGAUCUGGAUGGUUGCAGAGAAAUUCAGUGUUCUUGUAAAGCCUAUGCCAGUGUAAUCGCAAUGAAGUAAUAGCCAAGUUUCAGGUGUGGUGAUAUGCCAACUACUUAAGGGAUACUUUUAGACUUAGACAAAUUAAAUCCAUCUGUAAGACAAAAGGUCAAAAAUAUCAAGGAAUAUCUGGAAAAUAAUAAAAAUGUAACAUUGGGGUAAUAUGCCCUUUAGAAAAAUUCAUUGGCACCUGCACUGAAAUUGAACUCUGGCAGUUGACAGACAUCUAUGGUGACAUUUCUGCCUAGAAGAAUCUUCCUGUACUUUAAGACUGAAAGGCGAAUUAUGAAGAACCUCACGAUUUGUUUCCUAGGAACAUGAAUGCAAAUUAGAUGAUACCUGGACCUUUGGGGAACUUAUACAACACGGGUUUCUGAGAGUGAGUGAGUGGUUGGAGGAUCUUGCUUAUUGAUUUAAUGAUUUUGAUUUCCUCUCCUCUGUCUUCUCUAGAUCAGUGCAGCCUAUGUUAUGCUCCUAUUUCACUAUAGCUGUUAUAUGUCUUAUUGAUUUUUUGGUUUAAUGGUUAUGUCUUAGAGUGUGAAAUUAGAAUUCGGAAGACCUGACCUGGGAUUCUAGUUCUGUAAGUCCUGGUAAGAACCUGUCUAUGCCUCAUUUUCUUCAUGUGUGCAAUGACGAGAUUUGGUUACAUAACCUAAGAGGCUCUUUCCAACUAUAAAUCUGUGAUCUGAUGAAUGAGAUAUGGGCAUAGAAAUAGAAACUUAUGGAAGAGGAGAAAAGUGGAGAAAACUUUAGAUACAGUAAAAAGUUGAAUAAGGACAAAGGAUGCAUCAUUUAAUUAAUCACAUGCUCUGCUCUAGCUUCAAACCAACUAGGUGCUAGCUACUAGCUAAUGUUGAUCUAGAGAUAUAUUUAACCAAGUUCAUAUAGGUAGUUUGCUGUUUAUUAAAAUGAUUGAAAACAUCAGCCUCACUAUGUAGGAUAGAACACAUUGGGCCAGGUUGCAUCUUGUGAUUUGCUUAUACCCCUAUUUCACUGUGGAAUUAGGCACUCUAUUCCACAUACUACUGGGUUAAUAAUAGUCUCACUAACAGGAGAAGGCCAGAAUGGUACCAGAAAUCACUGAUGUGAUGAACCACUCAUUCAGAAUGGGAUACAGCUGCAGGUUGCUUCCAGCAGUACAUGGAGAAGACAUUUUGAAGCUCUGAUGAUUGUUCUGAAUAACACGACUGGUACUGACUGCCAUCUGGGAGCAGGGGGAAGAGCUGGAAAAGUGACCUAGGGAUGAUGGUGAUUCUAUUUUUCUUGGAAGAACUUCUUGUUUUCUCUCACUUGAAAGGGGCACUAAUUUAUAUAACCACAGGUUUCUGCAUGGUAUGGAGAUAAAUUGAAUUCAAUGACAAUUCAGGAGCUAAGCUUUACCCAGGAGCAAAGCAAAAUUAAAAGAAUUUAGGCUCAAAAAAAAUAUAAAAGAUUAGUCUGUAAUUCAUUGGCACCAUGAGAGCGCCUUCUUCCUUCAGAGUAAACUUGUUGGUUUUUAAAAAAGAAUGCACCCGGGGGCAGCUAGGUGGAACGGUGGAUAGGAGGACCUGAGUUCAAAUCCAGCCUCAGACACUUGACACUUACUAGCUGUGUGGCCCUGGGCAAGUCACUUAACCCCAAUUGCCUUAUUCUCCCCCCCCCCCCAAAAAAAAGGAUGCACCCAACUGCUCCAUAAUAUUUGUGCACUUAUCUAACUUGUGUCUGUAGAAACAAAUGGCUGCAAUGCCAAGACUGAAAACGAAAGGGAAGGAUAUGCUAGAAAAGAGAAUAAAAAUGCUUAAGGCUCUGUGAGGUUGGGGAAAGCAAAGAAGAGAAAGGGAGUUUAUCUCUAAAACCAACUCAGAAAUUGCUAUACUUCCCAAAUUUCUGUGAUAUUUUUUCUUCCUGUUUUUCCCUUGGUUACAUCGAGUGUUUUCAUAGCUCUUUGGGCCGGUAGCAUCUUUCCUUGGAACACCAUCCUGGUUUUCCUGAAAAUGGAGUUUUCUUAUUCCCCUGGCCCCAGAGCCUAUAUCUAAGUGGCACCAGGAUUGGCUGCCAGAGGCCUUUAGAUUACUGGGCAGCAGCCACGGGGCUAGCUCCCCGGGACCUGAGAGGGCUGGCCAGUUGCUAUGAUUUCUCCUCUCGAUAUUUUGUUUAAGUAGCAAUGACAGCCAUAGUGCUGUCAGUAGCCCGGGCUUCCCUAAUACUCUAUUACCGCUAUAAGACAUGAGUGUGGAAUGCCAAGGAGUGAACCAUGGAGGACAGCAGUCAUUGGCCAAUUCCAGUACUGACUCUUUGCCUUCUGUGUAGUAGACACAGACCGCAUACCUCACGGGCCCCUCAAGUAGGUCAUGGCUUUCCCACCAGAAAUAGGGAACGCAUCAGCCACUUAGCCUGAUCUGUGCAAGGCCAGCCACAGGGCCCAGGGUCCAGGGUCCCUGGACUCUUGGACCCUGUGGGAAGUAGCUUCAGUGAAAAAAGGGUUCAGAACAAACUCACCUUUGUCAAUAUUGUCUUCCCAUCCCAUCUCAUCAGUGGCGUGGGAGCAGUGGUCUUGAGUCAUUCCGCAUGCUUGGAGAUUGAUCAGGCAUUAUCAGUGGGGCUGCGUUCACUGUUGAUGGAACUGCUGGUUGAUACCUAGUCCUGCCUGCAAUAAACCACACUUCAUGCAGUAA